AACUGGCCGGAUCGAAGGAGCACGAUCAUAACCCGGAAGAGACGUUAUCAGUACGUACUCACGGCGUAUCCAGACGAAGGGGCGGAAGGAGGGAGGAGCAGGACGGGACAGCUGCCACGCUGAGCUCAGUGUACUUCAACCUGUGGAGGGUCGCGAGAGAGUGCAUUUGCGGCAGCGGGUCGCGGUGCAGACAAAGUGGGAUGAGACGCCCUCAGCAAGAACAUCUCCAUCAUCAUCACCACCACCAUCAUCACCAUCAUCAUGGAUCCUCAACAAGCCCCACGUGCUCUCGUCAAACACACGAUAAGGACGAGUCUCGUCUCGCUCGCGUGAAGCGCGUCCUGGCGGGUUCGCUGUUGGGUCGCGGCGCUGGCUCCAGCAGGAUUUUUGGCACCCGGCUGGAGCUGGUCGAGUCGUAUCUCGACACGGGCGUGCCGUACGUGGUGCACCGGCUAUGCAGCUACAUCGAGGUGCACGGCUUCCAGAGCGCGGCGGUGUUCCGCCUGUCGGGCGGCAGUCCGCGGCUGGCAGAGCGGCUAAGGGCGGCCUUCGAGCGGCGGGGCGACGCCGAUCUAGAGGCGGCCGGGUGUCCGCCGACCGCCGCGACCUUGCUCCGCCAAUAUCUGAAAGAGCUACCGCAGCCGGUCGUGCCAUCCACCCUCGUCGGCAGACUGCUCAACAUUCACACCCAGAACUACGCGAACGAUCACGACACGUGGAUCGCCGCGACGAAGGAGCUGUUAUCGACUCUGCCGUCCUCGCAUUAUCAUCUGCUCGGCUACCUGACGAUCUACCUUAGCCGUUACGAGACGCGCCACGGACGCAGCGCCGGAGUUUGCGGUGUUUUCGCACCCGUCAUUCUGCCCCACGUGCCGCCCGCGACCACCCUCCUGCGGGACAUCCUCGCCGAGGCGCUGGUAUUGUUUCCCGACUGUAUCCGCGAGAAUACGGUGAACGGCUUGGUACCCGCCGGCGACUGUAAGAUCUGCAAGGAUACGAGAGACGAGCCGAAGGACUCCGAGGGUUCGUCCCUGCUCUGCGCGCUGAAACCGCGUAAGCGCAAGGAACGCCGCGAAUCCUGCUGCCAAGAGCGGAAGUUAAUAAGGAGUAACAGUGAGGAACGUGUUCUCGACAGUCCCACUGACGUCGCAGAUACGAUCAGACGUGUGAGCAGCCACGAAGAUUUUAAUAGUCAGGAACAUUUGCAUAUUUUAUCGCAGCUCGGCCAAGACAUGGGUCACGGCGUGAGAUGUGGCGGAUUACCGCUCCACGAGAGAACCAACGUUUCGCCAGUAUCGAAAAAAUCGUCGUCGGUGCCGUCGCCGUGCGAGGUGGUUGUGGCGACUGAAAAGUAUGACUGCGACGCCGAGAGAUUGAGAAACAGCGAACGCUUCAGCAGAAGCAUUACCCCGAGAGGUAGGAGACAAGCGCGUAGGAGAAGAGUGCACAGAGUUCAGGAUACUGACCAGAGUUCCAGCAAGGAAAAUGAAGAGGAGAUUGAAAAUAUGUACAUCUCCAAUGUAUCACCGAGUCCUAACAGUCACAAUGGCUCACCAGCUCAGAGCUUCUUGGAGAUGUUGAGCAGCGGACCGAGCAGGUCACCUUCGCCAGCUCGUCCACCCACCGUCGAUCAUGAGGACGUAAAUAAUCCCAGUUUGACCAAUUGGGGCUUUCAACAUUUGGAAGGAAACGAAGAGGCCGUGGACGCUCGUGUGGAAGCUAUGCUCUCGCCGAGGAACUCGCUGUUGGUCCCCAGGAGAUUUUACUCUGAGGAGGAGAUACAGCCGACGGGGCUUAGCCCGUCGGAAAUGGGACUGAAGAACCUUGCGAAGCACAUUAACGGCCUGAAGAAGAAGAUCAAGAAGUACGAGGACGAGUUCGAGGAGAACUUUGGAUAUCGACCGAGUCACUCUGACAAAAUGAGCAAUCGCGACAUCAAACGGCUGUGCACGGAGCUGAAUAAGCUACGGAAGGAACACAAAUUACUGAAGGAAGAUCCAAUAGGAGCGCUUCUGGCGAACGCUAAUAACCGACUGAACACCACCGGCAGUCCCAUAAAUAACAACAAUGGCCACGAGAAAUCGCGGGCGACGCCGAUAGAGGAGGUGGUCAAGGAAGCGGACAAGAAACUCAACGAGAAGCGCAUCAAGUACAACCGGUCCGAUAACAUGGAGGAGCUCAAUUACGAUCAAUUGGUGGACGAAAAGACUGCUGUGCAGAAAGCGUUGCUCCACAUCGAGAACACUUUCGGCAGACCGGUCUCCAAGGAAGACAGAGCUGUCGUGCGACCAUUGUACGACCGGUACAGAACUCUAAAGAGACUGCUCAUCAGAGCAGGCGCGAGCAAAAACAAGGACAGCGUUUCGGAACUGGCCACGAUCCUAGAGCACGAAACGAUGGAUUUCACAUCAUCGAAUCUCCCGGGAAAUCCUGUGGAGACUGACAGAAGAGCCAGCGAGCCUGACAUGUCACAUCGAGGUAUCUUAGACUGUAUCGAUCCCGUGGAUCAAUUGCCAACUGAUAGUGAUAGUCAGCAUAGCAGUAGCGAAGGCAGUCGCGGUACCGGUGAAAGUCUUCACGCUCUUCCCCAGGAAGAAUUAUUGAUGCAACAACGGGCUACCCGCGAGGAGAAGAAGCGGCUUCGCAGGGCGUUGAAGGAAUUGGAAGUGCAGUUCGAAGCUCGAGCUGGCCGUCGCAUGCAACGCGAGGAUCGUGGACCGCAAGUCACCACCGUGUACGAAUCGUAUAAGCAGGCGAAAGCGAAACUGAGACUGAUCGACGCUCUUAUAGCCAAGAAGGCUUGACGCAGUAUUUAAUUCGCGAGUAACGAGGAACUGAUUUGAAGCAACAUUGUUGUUGAAGCUCUUAAGCGACCUUUGAAUGUCUGUUGAGAAGACAGAGUUGUCGUACCACGCAGGUACAUUCAUUGUCGUCUGCAAUGCCAACGUUGCGCGGUCACGAUUAAAAGGGCCUGAAGAAGCAAUAUCUGCUGAAGCGAAGAGCACUAUUGUAACAUAACAUAAGAAUCUAUCGGCUAGAAUCAAAAGGUUUCGAGAGCAAAAAGCAGAAUAAUACUUGCGAGUGUAUAGGAUUUACUUCGCUUUCGUGCGAGAUCGUGCGUACCGUAUAUUCUCUUAUGCGGUUUUCUUUCGAAUCGCGGAUUCCGUUUGCGUUACGAAAUAUACGCUCGGGAAAUAUAAUGCCGAAUGUUUUCAAUGUACAAGGUAACGCGUCUUUUUUACAACAUCAUUUUUGAUCAACAUAAUCGAUAUGUUGAGAGUACGCAUAAACGGACAAUUUAUAGUGAGCAAUAGUACGUCUACAGAAUAAAAACAUGAUAUUGUGGUAGUACAUUUGAGCUCUUUAAGCGCUAAAAUAAUUGUACAACGUAAAACUGGUUAUUACGGUGUGAUUUAUCGUAUUUGUUCGAUGAAAUUAUCGUGUAUCUUGUUCAUCGGUUCACUUUAUACUUUAACGUGUUCGUUUGCAAUGGAAGAUUUCCAUUUGAUUGUCCUCCAUUCAUUUCAUCGUAUAUGCAACAUUAGGAUACACUUUUGACGUUAACGAGAAACUGGAUGCUUGAUGCUUAUUUUGAUAUAUUUACAGUUUAUAAAAUUGAUCAGUUACAAAUAUAUAAAAAAAAUGUACUUAUAUUUUAUAUACAUAUAUUAUAUAUAUAUAUUUGUUGCAAAGAUUUCUAAACUUGUUUGUACUUAAAUCGUCAAGUUUUAUAGCGGUUGACGCAGGAAUAUCGAUAUACGAAGGUAUCGGAUGAACAAGACCCGACUUGUCAUUUCAAAUUGUAAAGACAAAUCGAGAUUUUUCCAUCAUGUGACAACGUGUAUUGUACGAUUGCGAGAAACGUGUCAGAUAGCACAUUUAUUUCACGGUCAAAUAUAUAUAAUUAUAAUUUUAUUUUUGUAAUAUUUACAUUUUCGAAGUAAUAGGAUCCAUUUUUUAUUUCAUUGAAAAGAGUUUCGUUUAGUUUUAUUGAUCGUAAAGCCGGUUGGAUUUUUCUCUGACGAUAGUUAUCGAUAAGACUUGAAAGAGAAGAGAUAGAAGAGAGCGGGUAUCCAUAUAAUGAUUGAUACAUUUAUAAUGGACCCGAUAUUUAUUUUAUCAUCUUAAAGUAAACCAUUGAAGUCUAACGCUGAAAGAGUAAAGAACGAAUCUGUGGGGUUAACUCGUAAUGUAAGUACCUUGUAAGAGAUAUCACAUGUUGUAAUAUUGUAGAGUACUAUAAAAUGUUACGAUCUUAAUAACGUAUUAAAAGAGAAAGAGAAAAAAAAAGAAUAUUCACUAAGAGAAGCUCGUUGAUUUUUGCGUUUAUAUUUUUGUACAAGUACGAUUUUAAGGCCGUUCGCAAUGUAUACACACACAACCGACUAGGGACUACUAUCGUAAAAACGCCUUAAAAUUCCACUUGGAUCGAUUUUUUUCACGUAGAAUCUCGAGAGUCAAGGGUGCUAAAUGGCUUGAGUUCUACCGCAUGCCGACUAAUACGAAAGAAAUGCUUUGCGAAUCUCACUGACGAUGAGUUGCAACCGCGCCGAAGGGGUUUUUUUUUCUCAUUUUACCACGACACACAGCGACGAAAUCCAGUCACCGUUUCACAAUCGAAAAUUCAAAAUUUGUAGUCGAGACACAAAAGCCGCGGUGGUUUUAACUCUUUCGGUAUCAAGCAGGAAACGAAAAUCGGCGAAGAAACUCGUUGAUCUCGCAUCUUGCAGGCAAAAAGAAUUAACACUUUCGAAAAUAAUUAAUAUACAUCGGCGGCAGCGAAGCCGCUCGCAGACACAUAAAUGCGAAAUGCGCGUUCUAAUUAACAAAAAACGAGUAAGAAACAAAAAAAAACAAGACAAUUUUUUAGACCAAAGCAUUUUUUAGUCUGUGAUAUAAUGAGAGAUAUAUUUGCGUUAAGAUGGGAGAGUAUGUGUGUGUGGAGUAUUUGGUUCCGUUUCCUUCUUCCUUUUGUGAAAACAAUUUUGUAGAAGGCCGGAAGAAAGGGAGGAGAUGAUUUUUCUCGCUGUUUCCUUCUGUGUAGGAGGUGAUUGAAGUCGGCGAUAUCUUCAGAAGAUCCUACAGCGAUGACGAUAAACAAGCAUAAACAAAGCAGAGUCCUUUUCCGAAAGAACGGUUGGAGACAGAGUUAAAAUCGUAUACAAGAAAAACUGAGAAAAUGGAUUUUUCAUUGACGCACCGAAUGAUCGAAAUAAAAUAUGAAAAAUAUUGAAAUGAGAAAUUCAGCAAGAGGACGUGUCACUUCGUGCUAAUUGGCUUUCGAGCCUUGAAAUUAAUUAGUCUGCCUCAUCUGUAAUGUCGUUUUAAUUAAUCUUUCGUCAUUUGAUAUACGUAUAGCAACAAAAAUGUGCGACAUUUAGGAGCACUUUAUCUCGCCGCGACGAGAUCGCGUUCGUGUUGUCCUCCAUCCGUACUGCCAAAAGGACUGCGUUGUUCAUGAGAGAAAAUUAAUUUUGUAUUCAACGCCCACAGGAAUGUUUUUUUAUUUCUCGCGGGUGCACCUAAGCCGCGCCCCUCCACUAGUAAGAACGAGAGAGAGCAAAUUAGUAUUAUCGUAGAUCUAAGAUAACAUUUUAUAUUAACGUUAACUAAGAUAUUUUGUAGCGGAUAGUAUCUUUAAUGCAUAAGGAUAGAUCGCGUGAUUUUGUGUAGACGCUUUGAAAGGGAGAGAGAAAGAGAGAGAGAGAGAGAGAGAAAGAAGCAGGAAUACUUUAGAAAAGAAGACAGAAUACAGAGGGAAGCAAAAAAAAAACAUUUUAUUUAGCGAACCUAAGAGACAGGCUAGAUCACGAAUCGUUUAAUUAGUAUUCAAAAACAAAAGAGAAGAACGCUAGAUAUUUCAUGCAGAUCAAAUGAUUUACGAACAUAUCUAGAGAGAUUAGAAUCUUACGACAGUAAAAAAACGAAAAAAGUGCAAAAAAAAAAAAGAAAUCAGUAGCGUAACGAUCAAUUUUUCUUGGAUAUCGUCGCGUACGUAGCUACAACUGACAAUUACAAUCGACCGUGAGAGCCGCGACGACGAGGAAUCCGUCUCUAGCAGGAGUUCUAAGAAAAAACCACCUUCGGCGUUUAUACACACACAUGUUGAUUCUGUAUAUACAUAUAUAUAAAUAUAUUAUAUGUAUAGAGGUACACACAUACACUCGUACACACACAAGGCGGAGCGCUGCGUAUACAUGAACUUACAUAAACCGUACACGCGCAUACGAACGAAUAAUACACAUUAUUAUGGGGUAGCAGGCAGACUCGAAUAAAAUGGAAUAUGAUCUGC